AUGGAGCUGUAUUGUUCUAAUUCUUAACACGUGUGUUCCUUGUGUCAAUAAACUAUGGCUAUUUUCCUUUGUCUUGCACUCCUGUUCUUGCACUUUUCAGUGUUGACUGCUGCGGCGGCCCCGUGUCCGCCAGGAUGGCUCCACUUUGCGGAGUCUUGUUACAAGAUCGAGAAAGACGCUCUCAAAAUGUGGACAGAUGCAAAGAAAAGCUGCGAGGACCAGCAAUCUCAUCUUGUCAUUGUGAUGAAUCUAGAGGAAAAUACAUUCCUCCGUAGUGAAGUAUUGAAAAUAGAGCCUCCGCAACGCAACCUUCAGUACUGGAUGGACGGAACGGAUUUGGCGUCUGAGGGCAAUUGGACUUGGGAACAAACGGGAGACACCUUUGAGAUAUCAGACUGGUCGCCCCAUGAGCCGAACCAAAAUGCCGGCGAGGAAGAUUGUCUUUCGUAUUUAUCCACCAAUGGUCGCUGGAAUGACGAACACUGUGAUAAGAGGGAGGGCUACAUCUGUGAGAAAGGAGAAUCUGCAAGCGGUACCGACGUUGUGGGAUGACGUUUAUCGCCAACUAUUUCAUUUGAGUCACUUGUAUGUAAUGAGUUCAAGUGUAAUAAAACAAAUAAAUUUG